AUGUCUAACUUAUUGUAUUUUACAAUUUUAUCAUAUAAAAAUUCCCUAUAUUUUACUUAUAAAUGAUUCUUCAAAAAUUCAAGCAUGGAGAGAAAAAAUUCAUACGAAAUUCAGCCUUUAAAUAUAGAAAAAUUACAAAAACGCCAAAAUUCUAUACGCUCUAUUUCUGAUCAAAAAAAUCUAAAAAAUAAUCCUUUUUCAAGGCAAAAUUUAACUAUAAAAGAAACUGCUUUUAAAACUGACACGCAGCAUAUUGAUAAUACUUACGAAGACAUCAUAAACGGAAAAGAUAUCGAAAAUGAUAAAAACUCAGUACAAUCUGACACUCGUUCACAGUCUCUUAUUCAAAAUGACAUAGUAAAACUUUCGUCUUGUACAAUAAAAAUCUUCCAUAUAGCUCUAGUUUUAUCAGUAAAAUUUAUUUAG